AUGAAGAGCAGUCAAUUGUAUAUUUUAUGCUUUGGUACAACGUUGAUAAGUAUUGUAAUUCUUCUAAAUUAUUUUCAACAACGAAAAAGAAAAAAACAAGAUGAAAAACGAAAAAAUGAAUAUUUAAAAUGUAAAACAUUAUCUGAUUUCGAAGAAUUAGCUAAGAAAUCCAUGAUGUCACAUCGUUUUUAUUAUUUUGACUAUAAAACUGGUCAAGGACAUACAUAUCAAGCAUGUUGA